AUGUCGUCACCACGCUCUCCAGCAAGUACAUACCUGACCCAAGCGACAGAACGCGCUGCUGCCACCCAUCCUCCUCCUCCCUCGAAGACCACGCCUUCCCCAUCGCCGCCCCUCUCCCCUCGUCCAGCCUCUCCUGUGGAGCCCUCCUACGCAACCGUUCCGUCUCUUCCCCCUCCGACACCGUCUUUAACACCAUCGAAACCCCAUCGAACGACAACCCCGACACCACCAGCACAAAAUAGUACACCGCCUACACCCGUUGUUACACCAACUACACCGAAGACUACUCCACAACCCCGUCCAAAACAGACAUCAUCGCACGUCCUCUCGAUUUACGACCUCGAACGCCGCUUCCAACACACACCGACCCCCUUCUAUAACCCGCAAAGACAUAUUUCUCCACGGAAAACCCCCACCACCGCCCUUGCACGAAUUCUGCACUCUAUUGCAGACCUUUUCGAAUGCCACACAUCUCCAACAAACGUCGUCCUUACCACACCAACUAACCCAUAUUACGCACCCUCGUGCCAUAAACAGCAGGCACGCUUCAGCCGCCGAGGAUAGGACGCGGAACACUUAAGGAAUUGCCUUUAAGCUAGCCUACUAACAACAAUACUAACCCACGAGAAUUCAGAAAGCCAUGACAGAGGAAGAAAGACAUAAGCCAAAAGCAGAUUAUGUACGGGCUUGAGGAGACCAGAUCUAGUUUAAGAAAUGUACUUGUAAUUAGCGAUCGUUGCCCUUUCGGCUCAGCCGCCGGGCGUUAAUAAAUUGUGUGUAUCGCAUUUCAAGAGGAAGCUUCUGCAAGAAGUAGCAUGGUGCCUCAGUACGGUGGCUGUCGCAAAAAUGCAC